GGGGAAAGGGCAGAGAGAGAGGGAGACACAGAAUCUGAAGCAGGCUCCAGGCUGUCAGCAGAGUCUGACGUGGGGCUCAAACUCAUCAACUGUGAGAUCGUGACCUGAGCCAAAGUCAGACGUGCAACUGACUGAGCCACCCAGGCACCCUAAAAAAAUAUCUUAACAUCUCUGAUCCUUGGUUUCUCCUUUCUGCAGAAUGGAGGUUGGAUUGCAUGACUGCUAAAGCCUGUUUCGGUGUAAAUGUGCCACAUCUCUGAGCAGAUAAACUUCCUACCUGCCCCAUGCUCUUAGACAUACCUAAAGAAGCCCUGUCCACACACGCAGUCACAGACUAUGCUAAUGUUGGUCCCUCUGAAGUCACUUGCAGAAACAGCCCUACUGGUCAUACCUCAGUGCCACAACCAGCCAAGAGCAACCCCAUGAGCAUCUGGAGAGCCAUCAUGAAGAAGCCACGAACCGCUGUGAGGAGUUGUCACCAGAAGCAGGCGUCUGGCCAUGAGGGAAGGGAGAAGCAGGUCCUUAGCAGCAGCCAGGUCAAGCCUUCUACCCCUGAUGGGACUAUGCCUAAGUUUCCUGAGGCCCCAGCAGGCUUGGCCAGACGGCAGAAGGAGGUGGUAUUGCGGGAUUCUGUCUCCCCAUACCAUCUAUUCAGAGACACAGCUGAGGUCACAGUCUUUCGGGAGAACCUUCUGAGCUGGUAUGACCGAGAGAAACGGGACCUGCCCUGGAGAAGGCGGGCAGAGGGUGAGGUGGACCCUGACAGGCGGGCGUAUGCUGUGUGGGUCUCAGAGGUCAUGCUGCAGCAGACCCAGGUUGCCACGGUGAUCGACUAUUAUACCCGAUGGAUGCAGAAGUGGCCAACGCUGCAGGACCUGGCCAGUGCAUCCCUGGAGGAGGUGAACCAGCUCUGGGCUGGCCUGGGCUACUACUCUCGAGGCCGGCGGCUGCAGGAGGGAGCCCAGAAGGUGGUAGAAGAGCUAGGGGGCCAUGUGCCACAUACAGCAGAGACUCUGCAGAAGCUUCUGCCUGGCGUGGGGCGGUACACAGCUGGAGCUAUUGCUUCCAUUGCCUUUGGUCAGGCAACUGGUGUGGUAGAUGGGAAUGUAGUACGGGUGCUGUGCCGUGUCCGAGCCAUUGGUGCUGAUUCCGGAAGCACCUUUGUCUCCCAGCAGCUCUGGAGCUUAGCCCAGCAGCUGGUAGACCCAGCCCGGCCAGGGGACUUUAACCAAGCAGCCAUGGAGCUGGGGGCCACAGUAUGCACCCCACAGCACCCACGCUGCAGCCAGUGCCCUGUGCAGAGCAUGUGCCGGGCACACCAGAGGGUGGAACGGGAACAGCUCGUAGCCUCACAGAGCCUGCCAGGCAGUCCUGAUGUGGAGGAGUGUGCUCCCAGCACUGGACAGUGCCAGCUGUGUGCGCCUCCCACAGAGCCCUGGGACCAGACCCUGGGAGUGGCCAACUUUCCCAGAAAGGCCAGCCGGAGGCCCCCCAGGGAGGAGUGCUCUGCCACCUGUGUUCUGGAGCAGCCCAGGGCCCUUGGGGGUGCUCGAAUUCUGCUGGUGCAGAGGCCUAAGUCAGGUCUGCUGGCAGGACUGUGGGAGUUCCCAUCUGUGACUGCAGAGCCCUCAGGGCAAUGUCAGCGUGAGGCCCUGCUGCGGGAACUGCAGAGUUGGGCUGGGCCCCUCCCAGCCACCCACCUCCAGCACCUUGGGCAGGUGGUCCACACCUUCUCUCACAUCAAGCUGACAUAUCAAGUAUAUGGUUUGGCCCUGGAAGGGCAGAUCCCAGUGACCAUCACACCACCUGGAGCUCGCUGGCUGACCCGGGAGGAGUUUCAUACCGCAGCUGUCUCCACCGCCAUGAAAAAGGUGUUCCGUGUGUACGAGGGCCAACGGCUGGGGACCUGCAAGGGUUCCAAAAGAUCCCAGGUGUCUGCUCCAUCCACGCAGAGAAAGCCCAGCCCAGGCCAGCAAGUCCUGGAUAGUUUCUUUCGGCCCCACCACCUCAUUGAUGUAUCCAGCCUCAACAGUAUGGCGCAGUGACACUGCUGGAGCCCCUACUUCUUGAAAAUCCUGUUGUUUAAUAAAGUGCUUAUUUUUGUAGUCA